CAUGACCUAAUUACAUCUUACAGGUGAAUACGUCACAAAGGGGAUUAAGUUCCAAUGUGAGUUUUGGUGGGAAUCUGCAAACCACGGCACUAGGCUAGACUCAGAUUCCCCAAUCCAUGUACUCCUGAGGCUGGCUUGGGCAGACUGGAGGAGCAUUAUUCUGAGGACACAGUGCUCCUGGUUCGAGGUCUGUCUCUUGUUUCAUCCAAUCCUCCCGCCUUUUCCUUUGCUACAGAUGGGCUUCGGGCUGCAGAUAGCUGCCACCCUUUGGCUCAGCCUAAUCCUGCCUGUGGGGAGCCAAGUGCCAGAGUUCCGGGCCUACGAAUUCCACUUUGGGCCCUGCCACGUGGAAGGGGUAGCUCUUCUAGAGCUGUGGAAGGCCUUCGGGGCCAUGAAGGACAUUGUGGUGACUCAAGAUAAGAUCAUGAGUGUCCGGCUCUUGAAACAGGAGGUUUUCCAGAACGUCUCGGAUGCUGAGAGUUGUUACCUCGCCCACGAGCUGCUGAAGUUCUAUUUGCACACCGUUUUCAAAGACUACUACCACAAAGUCGUGGAGUUCAAGAUCAUGAAGUCAUUCUCCACCCUCGCCAACAACCUUUUUGUCAUCAUGUCAAAACUGCAACCCAGGCAGGAAAAUGAGACAGUUUCCAUUAGAGAAAGUGCCCAUAGACGGUUCCUGCUGUUCUGGAGUGCAUUUAAACAGUUGAACACAGAAGCAGCUCUGACCAAAGCCUUUGGAGAAGUGGACAUUCUCUUGACCUGGAUGGGGAAAUUCUACCGUCACUGAAUGCCUCGUCCAGGAUACCCUCCUUCUCUUUUCAAGAUACGAUUGCUUCCUGUGCUUUCCUCUGGGCACUGCACCCUUGACAAUGUGCCCCCUUGUCUGCCCAGGCUUGUCUUCACAGGACUUCAUUUCCCAGUAGCCCAAACACCACUCAUGGAAGUCACCUUGGGAAGCUGAGAGGAAACCACUUAGUGGAUUCCUAUAUUUAUCACAACGCUAUUUAAGUACUGUAUUAUAACUGACUCUAUU